UGGGGUGUGUCGUUGCGGUGCCCUGGUCGAAAUAAUUUCAGCAUUUAUAUUUUGAAAUGAGGCCAUGGUGCUUUCUUUUUAUACUUCAUAAAGCCUUAUGACUUCUGACAGACAGCGCUUAAAAUAGCAUGCUCGUUAUGAAAAACAUGGCUUCCUCUUGCCUGUAAUAAUGUUCGUCCCAGAACCGAGGGCCAUUAAGGCUGGACUUGCGUGAGGUGCGGUGUUGCUUGACAACUCAAAGAACGUGUCCUUUACAAUGUCUUACGUGUCGAGAUUCUCUACAUCGUCCAGGAGCAGUUCGACAUCUGCAAGAAGCCAAGAUUUGGACCUCAGCUCCCCCAUGCUGACGGUAUUCGAACUUGAGCGUCUCCUCUACACAGGGAAAUCAAUCAACAGCCACGCGGACGAGGUUUAUCCCAGGCUUUAUCUUGGUGAUCAGGAAAUAGCAGCAAAUCGUCAUGAGCUAGCGACGCUUGGCAUCACUCACAUCCUGAACUGCGCACACAGCAAGUGGCGAGGUGGUGCUGAGCGCUAUGAGGGCAUGCACAUCACGUACGAGGGUGUGGAAGCGCACGACACCCCUGAUUAUGACAUGAGUGUCAACUUCUACCCGGCAGCGGACUUCAUACACAAGGCUCUCAGUGGCGGAGGGAAGAUCCUGGUGCACUGUGCUGUCGGAGUCAGCCGGUCAGCCACGCUGGUGCUGGCGUACUUGAUGAUCCGGCAGAAUAUGACUCUCGUGGAGGCUAUCAAGACGGUGAAGGACCGCCGCGGCAUCAUCCCAAACCGCGGGUUCCUGCGACAGCUCGUUCGGCUAGAUGGCAGCCUUCACGGCAACCGCUGGACCUAGAGCACCGUGGGAAAUUCAGGCAUUAAAAAAAGACAAAAAAAAA